CCUUGAGCUUGCAGUCUUAGCUGCGAUGCAUUUCUUGGGCGCCGCGUUCCUGUUCCUGGCACUCAGUGCCUCUGCCCUGGCCGAGCUGGUGCAUUUCAAGGACUGCGGUUCUGGGGUCGGAGUUAUAAAGGAAGUGAAUGUGAAUCCAUACUCCACCCAACCCUGCCAACUGCACAAAGGACAGUCUUACAGUGUCAAUGUCAUGUUCACCAGUAGCACUCAGUCUCAAAGUAGCAAAGCCGUGGUGCAUGGCAUUGUGAUGGGUUUCGCCAUUCCCUUUCCUAUUCCUGAGCCUGACGGUUGUAAGAGUGGAAUCAGCUGCCCCAUUGAAAAAGACAAGACCUAUAGCUACUUGAAUAAACUACCCGUGAAGAGUGAAUACCCCUCUAUAAAACUGGUGGUGGAGUGGGAACUUACGGAUGACAACGACCAACGUCUCUUCUGCUGGCAAAUCCCAGUACAGAUUGAAAGCUAGAGCUAUUUGAUGCCAAUAUGUCCGUCUGGGGGUGAGAGAGCACGGGUGGAGGGAGAGGAGGAGAGAUCAAGUCUAAACUGAAUCAGUGCCAUAAGAUGAAAGGAAUUUCUAGACUGCCGUUCUAGCCUCAACCUCCAAAAGCAUCUAAGACCCUAUUUCCUGAGAGCUCAGAACUGUCGCCCCUGUAUUAUCCUUUGUAAAAGGGUUGAAGGAAGGAAGAGAAAGUGAGACUGUAGGGAUUGAUUUGUCUUCAGGGGGAGUUGUUUGGUUUGGUUUGGUUUUGCUUUUGGAAUAAGGAGGGUCUAACCAGACAUGAUCCAAAUGAGGCUGCUUGGGGGAUACUGGAUAACUUGCCCUAGGGUUACUAGCCCUUGCAGCAAAGCACGGGUUCCAAACCACAUCCAUCUAGCUGGGAUAU